UAUCGCUGCAUCAGAGGUCAAGGAUGAUGUUGCUCGGUUUUUCACCGAUGAUUCUCUCUCCACGCACCAGAAAGUGUUACGGAUUCAAAAUUCUAUCGGGGUAAAUUCAGAUCACCCCACUAGCUCCGGUGCGGAGAAAGUGUGCGUGCUGACUUCGGAUUCUGGCAGCGGGUCCAAUCCCCGACGUUCUACGUGACGAUCACUAUGCUUCGUCUGCUGGAGAUUGCUUACAAUCUGGCUAGUGCCUGGUCCAGAUUCCCAGCUGUGCGCAGCGUUUCUGGUGCAGUGGCAACGGAGGCAGCGGAUAGCAACGACCAUGGUUCCCUUGAUAGCUACAAGCAGGAAAUCGACAAACUGCGUGGCAUAGCUGACUCCCUGCCCUUCAAAGAUGAGCUACCUUUGGAUCUUCUCGCCGUGCUAGAUGCAACCCAACCGCAGGUCGGGUCUCGCCGAGCCCCGGACCCAAGUAUGCUGGUGGACUUUGAUCGGCAUACCUCCAUCCUCAUGCGUGUUUGGCAAUGGGUCUUGGUGGACAUCCGGCAGAUUACAGUGUGGUUCGAGACCGCCGCCGAUAUGGUGGCGUAUCCCUUCUACAUGCAACUCUGCCUUGAUCGCGGAAUGGAGAUCUACGCGGAGAUGGCACUCUACCUCCAACAGUACAGGGAUGCGAUGGUCCAUUGGCUGGACUUCCCUUGAGCUGAAGACCCCUGUGAAUCCAAUGACACGUUUGUGGGCUUUCAGCUGAACUUCGAUUCAGACAGUAGGGUUGGGAGGAGCUACACACUUGGGUGGCGAGUACUCUGUAUUACCUCGAGGGUUUAGCGGGGUUUGGUGCCCGGAUAUCUAGUACGAUUAGGCUAGUCUGCCCUGUGCGCUUCAGCCGUACUCUCUUGAUGCAUAC